UGGCAGAGCAAAAUGACAGCUGGUUGUUUUCAUCAACAAGGAAAAUUGAAAGUAGACAUCAAAGGGUCAUGUGGUGAACAGCCUCCAAGUCCUCCUUGUUCUGGUCUGUCCAGAGAUACUCUUGACAACUGACCAAAAGAGGGACCAGCAUUUCAUCUGGACACGUCUGCCAGCCUCACCAGCCACUCUGGAGCCGUCAGCACAAACACAGAAGAAGACGGUGAGCUGUGAUAGCGGUCAAGUCCAGGGAGACGUCUCUUCAGCAGUGGGUGAGGCUGUUCAUCGAGACGGAGCCAUGGAGCCUCCAGAGGUCAGGGACGGCCGCACCUUUGUGGAGGUGAUGAGUGAGAAGUACAGCCCAGAGAACUUCCCGUUACGCAGAGGACCUGGUAUGGGAGUGGUGGUGGUGCCUACCGCAGGUCCUCAAGGCUCCCCUAUGAAAGACCGUCUGAACCUGCCCAGUAUCCUGGUGUUGAAUAGCUGUGGGAUCAGCAGGGCAGGAGACCAGGCUGAGAUCGCUGCGUUCUGUGCCCAUGUCAUGGAGCUGGACCUGUCUCACAACAAGCUGCAGGACUGGCAUGAGAUCAGUAAAAUCGUGUCCAACAUCCCCAACCUGGAGUUCCUGAACCUGAGCUCCAACCCGCUGGCAGGAAUGACCCUGGGGCCGCGCUGUGCUGAAGGCUUUUCCCGGGUCCGACGCCUCGUCCUGAACAACACUCAGGUGUCCUGGGACACCGUGCUGCAGCUCACCAGAGAGAUAACAGAGCUGGAGGAGUUGUUCCUGUGCCUUAACGAGUACAGUGAUGUGAGUGCCUCCAGUGUGACCUGCCCCACCUUACGCCUGCUUCACAUCACCGACAACAGCCUCCAGGACUGGGCCGAAGUCCGCAAGUUUGGCACCAUGUUCCCCAGCCUGGACACUCUGGUCAUGGCCAACAACAACCUGGCCUCCAUUCAGGACAGCAAGGAGAUCCUGCAGCGGCUCUUCCCCAACCUACGCAGCAUCAACCUGCACAACUCAGGUCUCAACCGAUGGGAGGACAUUGAGAAGCUGAACUUCUUCCCCAAGUUGGAGGAGGUGCGGCUGCAGGGCAUCCCCUUACUGCAGACCUACACCAACGCAGAGCGACGCAGCCUCAUGAUUGCACAGCUCCCUUCAAUAUCCCUGCUAAACGGCAGUGUUGUGACGGACAGCGAGAGAGAAGACGCUGAGAGGUUCUUCAUCCGUUACUACUUGGACUACCCUGAGGAGGAGCUGCCUUACAGAUACCAUUCCCUGGUCACCAAGUACGGGAAGCUGGAGCCACUUGCUGAGAUCGACCUCCGACCUCGCUGCCGUGCCCAGGUGGAGGUUCACUGUGAGGAAAAAGUGGAGCAGCUGAGCAUCCGUUUGGACCAGACUGUAGCUGAGCUGAGGAAGCAGCUGACAACAGUGGUCCAGCUGUCCACCAACAGCAUGAGGCUCUAUUACAUCGACAAGUGCAGCGCCUUCGGUCCGGAGGAGAUGAAGUACAACAACCGGGCUCUCCACUCCUACAGCAUCCAAGACGGUGACGAAAUCCUGGUGGUGCCCAAGACCAAGUGAACAGCUGGUGUCCCACUGGAUAAUCAGAGUGACUCGUUGAUUGAUUGAUUAAUUGGAUUAAUGUUGAUUGGUUAACUGACGACAUCACAAAAUAAUUGGAAAAAGGAACAGCAUCAGCGGCCCACUGAGAGUAAAACAAGAGGAUGAUGUGAACGCCACCAUGGAGACUGGAUAGUGGACUACAGUGGGCUGCUGGGAGUCACUGGCUGGAGAUGCAGCCAUUAUGUCUUUAUUUAUUUCAGCUUUAUUUGAGGGCAUCCACUGGAGUUAGACAAACCUGUCACACUGGAGAACAAGCCGAGGGAGCGACUCGCAGUCAGCUAGAAGCUUGAGCAGAGGAGAGGGCGCUGCUGUACCAGCAAAGCUUCGCUGCAGCUCUGUCUCUUAGUACAAGGCAUGUACCAUAGCACCUGCAUAGGCAAGUAUCCAACACCACGGGCUUGCCCACUUUUUGCAAAAUCUACCAUGAUUAGUAGUGAGAGCGGGGAAGGACUGCUGCGCUUAUCUGCACUGUUAGAGUGGGCACAAUAUCAGGAAGAGCAGCAGCUGUUGAAGGAAAAAUCAUGCCUGAAACUGUUAAAUGGAGGUCAUUACAGUAGCAUUUUGGGGUCCAUUUUGUUAUUUAGUGGUGUGUUUUUUUAUAUUUUUAUGGAUAAUUGCCAAAAUUAGAAGAUGCAGCAUCACAUUCAGAUUAUUUGAGUCAAGAGGCAAAAAGCACAGGACUGUUUUUAGAACCAUAAUCAACAAUCAGUGUGACAUUUAUCAUAGCAUACGCAGAUUUUAGAAACUUAAAGAUGCCUCCCUUGAAAUUCAGAAAUGUAUAAAUACACGUACACCCCCACUGAUAAAUCCAGAAUGUAUGAAUGUGCAAAUAUGGUAAUUAAUUGCAAAAUUUUAACUACUGAACACAAGAUCUUCCUGCCUCAAUUAAAGGUCCAGAUGAGCACAGAGGAACUUUCCUCCUCAAGCAGAUGAAUGUGAAAACAGUUUUCUAAUUUAGUGUCGCGCCCUGCACAGUGAACAUCAAACGACCAAAUCGAUACAGGGUUCCCACAGCCAUGGAAAACCUGGAAAUGUCAUGGAAUUUUACAGUCACAUUUUUCCGGCCUGUAAAAGUCAAUGAGAUUGUUAUAGUAAUUUUCCGUUGAUAAUCCUGCACGUCAUGUAUGGUAAUGGAAAAUGGAUUUUCUUUGCCUGUGAACUUGACAUAGCUUUAACAUGCAUCGAUGUGUGACAGCAUUUUGUUUAUCAUUACUAGGGAUACACGAUCGGUAUCGGCCGCCAACAACUUGAUGAUCACUAAAAACAGGGUAGGAAAAAAGUGUAUUGAUAUGGGUUUUGGUUAAUGGUCAAAUGAGUUUUUACAUAUCAGCAUUUCGGGUAUCCGCAAAAAAUCCAGUAUCGUGCAUCCCUAACUAUCACGUACAUUUUGCUAUUUUCUCCCUCAUUUUUUCUGCCAGCGAGCUAGAAUUAUAUUUGAAUAGAGCUGAGGCUGAUAUGUUUGAAAAACGCUGGGCACAUCUUUGCAAAGUCCUUGAAAAGAUUGGAAAUUUUGUCCAUGAAAAUAUGUAGGAACCCUGUCAAUAGUAAAGUUACGGUGAGGAAAACUGGAGGGAGACAUUAAAUAGAGAGGAAAUAGAUGAGGCAGGUUGAUGGAAGGUUGACGAUAUAGAAAAGAAAAUGACACCACUUUAUGACAAAAUGGCUUCAAGAGUGCAGUGAUGAUACACUUGUGAUAUUUAACAGUGUAAUGAGUGUUUUAGGUUUUCCUUAAUCAUGUUACGUGUUUUCUACAUGUGCUUUGUGGACUUUGGGGCCAUCUGUGUCCACGUUCUCGGCAGGAAGUCAAACACGUUUUCAGCGAGUGUUCGGCUUCACCAGGGUCGUCCUUUGUUACUGAUUCUGUUUGUCAUUUUCAUGGGUAGGAUCUUGAGGUGCAGUCAGGGUGGGAGAGUGUCCAGUUAGGGGAGCUCAGAAUUGUGUGUCUACUAUUUGCAGAUGAUGUGGUUCUGUUCAUCAGACCGUGACCUCCAGCAUGCACUGGGGCGGUUUGCAGUUGAAUUGCCUCCUCUUAGUUGGGAGUGAGUUGCUUCCUCAAUCAAAAGAGUGAGGGUGAAAUGGAGAGUGGGAUGGACUUGGAUUGGUGUGGCGUCAGCAGUAACGCAGGUGUUGUACUGCACCUUUGUGGUGAGGAGGUAACUGUGUCAAUCGACGCUCCAACCCUCACCUGUGGUCAUGAUACGAGUGGCUGAAAUGAGUUUCCUCUGCAGGGUGUCUGGGCUCAGCUUUAGAGUUAGGGUACAGAGCUCGGACAUCCGGAGGGAGUUUGGAGUAGGGGCGGAGCUUAAUGCAGGCUGUUCUCAUUCCCAGGUCUUCAGAUACCAACUCUUUGUCACCCCCCUUGGCAUGUGAUAUCAAUACCAAAGGCACCUUAUAGCAUUUGUUUGAGACACACUGGAUUCUUAACUAACUCCAAAGUAAACCCAUCUGCAGAAGUACGUGACGCUGAGAUCAACUGAUGUCAUUUAAAGAGCGAGAAAUCUAGAGUCGGGCGUGGCGGAGAGGAAGUGGAUGGGUCAAACAAAACCUGACUUUCAUCCAGGUGUUUGUGUCUUGUUUUAAAUCAGAAGUCAUUAUUGUUUUCAAUGUAACCUAACGUAACUUCCGAAUGUACGUACCCUGUGAAACCAAAAGUCACAGUUGUUUUAAUGUAAUAUUUCGUAAUUUACAUUUGAUGGUCGGGCACUGAUGUCACUUAUGUGAUGUACAUACAUCACUCUAUGUUACGUUACGUUAUGUUACCUUACAUUGUAUUGCGUUAUGCUACGCCACGUUACAUUACGUACAUAUGUAUUUACAUCACCCUAUGUUACGUUUUGUUACGUUACAUUAAGUUGUGCUGCAUUGUAGAGUUGUACUGAUACCGAUACCAGUAUCGGAGAUGCCUCCGAUACUGCCUUUAAUGCAAUAUCUGGUAUCUGCGAGUACAGCCCCUGACCAAUCCGAUACCACGAAAUGCCACACGUCAUUACACAUACGCAUGCUACAGGCAAACGAAACAGAAACAGAGUUUAAAAAGCAUUCUACUGUAGCCUUUAAAAUGUCUUUUUUACCAAA